AUGGCGGUGAUGGGGCAACAGUCUCUCCGGAUAGCCCUGGAAGGGUUGCCGGCGCACGUGGUUGACCUAGAUGACUGGAAGGGAGUCAAGGCGCAGGAAGAGAGGCGACGAAUUCAGAAUCGAGUGAACCAGAGGGCUGCUAGAAAUCGCAAGAGGGCUGGCGCAAAGCAAAAUCAGCUGGACUCUUCUCAGCGCGGCCUCAAGUCAUUCAGCAACCAAAUGCCCUCCAGGGCUGUAGUCAGAACAGAAUUAGGCCCUGAUUUCUGGCAAAUGUUCUACUUCGCCAUGAAAUCAGUCCCGGCUGACCGUUCCAGACUCGUCAAAUUUACUCAAAAUAUUGUAUUCCACUCAGAGAAUAUCCAGAAGGAUGUCAGAAAUUUCGAAAACUGGAUGUGCCUGUUAAUUGGCUCACCGGGCAGAGACUGCCUGUUCACCUUGAUACAAUUCAACGUCUUCCGAUCCAUGGUGAGCAACGAGAGAGACCUGGGUCUCCCGGAAGCGUGCGCACUGGACGACGAUUCCAUUUCGCCAAUUUCCGAUGCAGGUUACGUAGCGCAGGACAUGCCGAUCUCAUUGCGGCCAACGCUGCUGCAGAGGACGAUGACACAUCAUCCGUGGAUCGACCUCUUGCCGUUCCCCAAUAUGCGGGACAACCUGCUCCUAGCCGGUGACCAAUAUGAUGAACUGGCGCUCUGUACGGCAAUACUAGGCUGCAGCACGAACUCGGACGGGAAAACCGGGAUGAUUGUCUGGGGGGAGGCCUGGAAUCCCGCGGGCUGGGAAUUCACCGAGGAAUUCAUCCGCCACUGGGCGUGGACCCUGAAAGGGUGCGACGAAUUCUUGGCGUCGACGAAUAGCUGGCGGCAGCGGAGGGGCAAAGGGGCUCUAAAGUUAUGA